UCUGCUAGCUUUCUCUGCCCCAAACCUCGCUCUCCCACCCCCAGGUCCGACGUGGUGGUUCUAUGCUUCUCCAUCGCCAACCCUAAUUCCCUUCACCAUGUCAAGACCAUGUGGUACCCCGAGAUCAAGCACUUCUGCCCCCGGGCACCUGUCAUCUUGGUGGGCUGCCAGCUGGACCUGCGCUACGCCGACCUGGAGGCCGUCAAUAGGGCCCGGCGACCCUUGGCUCGGCCCAUCAAGCCCAAUGAGAUUCUUCCCCCCGAGAAGGGAAGGGAGGUGGCCAAGGAGCUGGGCAUCCCCUACUAUGAGACCAGCGUGGUGGCCCAGUUCGGCAUCAAGGACGUCUUCGACAACGCCAUCCGCGCAGCCCUCAUCUCCCGCCGCCACCUGCAGUUCUGGAAGUCCCACCUCCGCAACGUGCAGCGGCCUCUGCUGCAGGCACCCUUCCUGCCCCCCAAGCCCCCUCCCCCCAUCAUCGUGGUGCCCGACCCCCCCUCCAGCAGUGAGGAGUGCCCCGCCCACCUCCUGGAGGACCCGCUGUGUGCGGACGUCAUUCUGGUGCUGCAGGAGCGGGUGCGCAUCUUUGCCCACAAGAUCUACCUCUCCACGUCCUCCUCCAAGUUCUACGACCUGUUCCUCAUGGACCUGAGUGACGGGGAGCUGGGGGGCCCCUCGGGGCCAGGGGGCCCCCGCCCAGAGGACCACCGGGCUCACCCUGAUCCACACCACCACCAUCACCACCACCACGGCCGGGACUUCCUGCUCCGGGCCGCCAGCUUUGACGUGUGCGAGAGCGUGGAGGACGGUGCGGGCUCGGGUCCCGCUGGGCUCCGGGCCUCCACCAGCGACGGGAUCUUACGGGGCAACGGAACAGGGUACCUGCCUGGGAGAGGCCGCGUGCUGUCUUCCUGGAGCCGAGCUUUUUUGAGCAUCCAGGAGGAGAUGGCAGAGGACCCACUGACCUACAAAUCCAGGCUGAUGGUGGUGGUGAAAAUGGACAGUUCCAUCCAGCCGGGGCCUUUCCGGGCUGUUCUCAAGUACCUGUACACGGGGGAGCUGGACGAGAAGGAGCGGGACCUCAUGCACAUCGCCCACAUUGCCGAGCUGCUUGAGGUCUUUGAUCUGCGCAUGAUGGUGGCCAACAUUCUCAACAACGAGGCCUUCAUGAACCAGGAGAUCACCAAGGCCUUCCACGUCCGCCGGACCAACCGGGUGAAGGAGUGCUUGGCAAAGGGCACCUUCUCAGAUGUGACCUUCAUCCUGGAUGACGGCACCAUCAGCGCCCACAAGCCCCUGUUGAUUUCCAGCUGCGACUGGAUGGCUGCCAUGUUUGGGGGGCCGUUUGUGGAGAGUUCCACCCGGGAGGUGGUGUUUCCGCACACGAGCAGGAGCUGCAUGCGGGCGGUGCUGGAGUACCUGUACACCGGCAUGUUCACCUCCAGCCCCGACCUGGACGACAUGAAGCUCAUCAUCCUGGCCAACCGCCUCUGCCUGCCGCACCUGGUCGCCCUCACAGAGCAGUACACCGUGACCGGGCUGAUGGAAGCAACUCAGAUGAUGGUGGACAUCGAUGGGGACGUUCUUGUGUUCCUGGAACUGGCUCAGUUCCACUGUGCGUACCAGUUGGCAGACUGGUGUCUCCACCACAUCUGCACCAACUACAACAACGUGUGCCGCAAGUUCCCCCGAGACAUGAAGGCCAUGUCCCCAGAAAACCAGGAGUAUUUUGAGAAGCACCGCUGGCCGCCCGUGUGGUACCUGAAGGAGGAGGAUCACUACCAGCGGGCCCGGAAGGAGCGGGAGAAGGAGGACUAUCUGCACCUGAAGCGGCAGCCCAAGCGGCGGUGGCUGUUCUGGAACAGUCCCUCCUCCCCGUCCUCCCCUGCGGCCUCCUCGGCGUCCCCAUCUUCCUCCUCGGCCUUGGUCUGAGAUGCUGCCGCCCUCUUCUGACUCCGCUGCUCUUGUGCCCACCUGCCCUUGCCCCUCCGCUCUCUGCAUCGCCCCCUCCACCUCCCAGGGACAAGGGGACCCACAUAACCAGGACCCUAAGGGCGGGGCUGUUCUCACCAGCCACCAGCUCAGCCGGAGAGGAGCCGGGCCUCGUGGGUCAGAACAGGGACCCCCUUCGGAGGCCCCCAGUUCUGAAACAGGGCGGGGGACAGCUCCUGGGAGGUGGGAGCAGGGGACAGCUCCUGGGAGUGCUGACAUCCUGUCUCUGGGUUGGACAACCCUAGAGUCAAGGGGGAAACUUCCAGCCAUGAGAGCUGUGGUCUGUGGAGGCAGCCCCCUCCCGGUGAGCAGUGCACAGGGAGGUCCGGCCUCUAUGGGCCAUAGUUUUCCACCAGUGGACUUGGGGGUUGCAAAUGUUCUGUGGGCAUUUCCACGCGGAGCCUACUCAAAUCCUCGCCGGAGAAGUCAGGGUAGAUAAGCCUUCAGGGCCCCGCCCAAGGCUUCCACUUCCUGGGUGCAGCUGCCGGAGGCCACACCUCCUGGGGUGCCUCCUGGGCCGCCAGCAGCCAGGCCUGGUAGAGGGAAGUGGAGUUGUUCAGAGCUCCAGGCCUAGAAGCAGGGUCUCCUGGUGCAGUGAGAAACUUCUCCCUCCACUCUCCUUCACACUCCGAGAUGGGAUCCAAAGGAAACAGCUAGAACAGGGAAAGAAGGAAGGGGGUGGAGGGGGUCUGGACGCAGCAAUCCUGGGCUCCUCUGGGCUCCUCUAGUUCGCAUGGCUUCUUACGGGGUGGGGCAAAAUUAGCAAAAAAAGAAAAAGCAACAAACAAAAUCACCACCAACAGAAACACUCUAGCCUCUAUUCCCUCAACGAAAGGACAGAAAAA